UCGUUUGGUUUAUUUUGAUUUGUGGACAUUAAUAUUUAUAUUGUACGGUAUCUUUGCAGUUUGUUAUCAUAAUGAAUUCUAAAAUGUUUGGUGUCAUUUGCCAUCAAGGUUAAAUUGGCUUAGUAUGUGCCUAAUUUUCUUUUAACUUAUCAACUGUAACUGGUAAAUUAGGUGGACCGAAGCAACACUAUAAUAAAUUAUUAUGAAGAAUUUUGACGGUGAGAACAGAAAAAGAAAGUUCUCAGAGCCCUUUAAUCUACUGACAAGACUGUAUGAACUCAAGACUAAAGGAUCGUUCUGCGAUGUUCAGCUCAAUCUCCAGGGAACAACGAUGUUAGCCCAUGCUUGUGUCCUAGCUGCUUGCAGCUCUUACUUUCAUGAACUCUUUGAUCAUCAAGAAACUCAUUGGUGUACAAAGUGCCCCUUAGUUUUAGAUUUGCAAUCCUUAUGGGAUAGUCCUAAAGAUUUGUGUUUAAUUUGUGUUUCCAAAAUAAUAGACUUUAUGUAUUUAAAAGAGCUAGUAAUUAUGCAAGAUCACUAUGAACAUUUCACGGAGAUAAACACUUUAUUCGGGAUCUUUGACCUCACACUACCAGAGAAAACUUUAAAAAAGUUGAAGUCUGAUAAUCAAUUUGCUAAAUCUAAAGAAGAAGACUUCUCAGAUUCCUCAGAAAUAGUCAGUGGAAAGAACCGUUCACCUAAUUUAAUUGGAAAACAAUUCACUGUUUCCAAGUCAAAUGUCACCAAUGGAUUUUCUUCCUCAAAUAAGGAGCUUUGUUCUGAUAAUACACAGAAAGACAAUGAUAGUAACAUUGAUAAAUUGAUAUUGAAUUUGAAUGGAUGUUGUAAAGAUGAUAACUUAGAAACAACCAUAUCAUAUUCAACUAAGCCUAAGGGCCCAAUUGAUUCUUCAGUGUCUUCUCUAGAGCUUUCAACUGAGGCGAAAAGAACAACUGAUUUAAAAACGUCAUGUGAGUUUAUGUGUUGUAAUCCAGAACCAGAUAUCAGUUCUCCUCUUAAAAAGCCACAAAAAAGGCGUAAAAUUUCUUGCGAACUCUGCAAUUUCUCAUCAGUUUCUAUAAGUAAAGUUCUAAAACAUUUACAAAGUGAAGAUCACCUCAAAGACAAGUGUCCAAUAUGCUUGAUUGGUAUUCCAAAUGUUUGUGAACUCAAAGAACAUUUGAAGUGUCAUUCUGAUUCAAAACCUUUUAUUUGUCAUAUUUGCUGUAAAAGAAACCGCUAUUGGGAAUAUCACAAAAUGCACUUGAAAAUUCAUUGCAGGAACAAAAAGUUUUACUGUGAUCUUUGCCAAAGAGGAUUCCUAUCAAAGCGUAGUUUGACUGAGCAUUUAACAACACACAAAGAAAGCUACCUUUGCAGGAGUUGUGAUUAUUACACAACUGAUCUGAAUUUGUAUCAAUCACAUAUGCAGGAGCACAGUAAAGUCGUCAAAGGGGAAGAUUUGGACCAGAUACUUCACCUUGAUACCGAUCUUGAACCAAUCAAACAAAAAGCGAAGAACUUUCAAUGUCAGAUAUGUGACAAAAGAUUUACCCAAAAGAAAAACUUGGCCAGACAUGUCAAAUUGAAACAUUUUGAGGCGACAAAAUUCGAAUGUUCUAUGUGCCCAUUUUUUUCUAAUAGGAUUGAUUUAUUAAGUACCCAUUUGAAAAAGAAACACAAUUGUACGCUAAUUAAAGAAAAGAAAAAACGAAUCGCUAAAAAACAACCUAAACAAGUCAAUGAACCACCUUCUGAGUUUGUUAGCAUUCUGGUGCCCAUAAAACUAGUUUCAGAUAAUUCUGUUGCAGAGGAACCUUUAUUAGGCAAUGGGGAACAGGGUUUUGAUAAUGAAGCUACACCUCAAGUCAUCUACGAUAAUCACAGCACAUUUUCUAAUUCACAUGUUGUCCUUAAUCAAAACCAGACUUUAUUAGUAGAUAAGCUAAGUUGUUCAGUAGAACCCAAGAAAUUAAAUAACCUAUUUUCACAUCCAUCAGAUUAUGAGCAAAACAGAUCAAUUCCAGAAAACUUGGGAAAACAAUCAGUAGAGAUUGAUCAUUGUGAAAUAAGCAAUUCUGAUGAUUUAAGUAAUAACUUACAAACCAGUUACACAUCCUCAUCACAGUCUUUGAGUUUAAGCUCACAAAUAUUUAGAGACGUUACUAAUAAAUCCAACGAUACCGACACUCGUGCCUCUGAAACAAUCCUAGAAAGUAAUCAUUACAUAUGGCUAAAUGAAGCUACUGGUGAACUACUGAACGAUGAAACGCUAACAAACAUUCAAGUGCAAAACAACUUUAGCAAAUCUAAGCAAUCCAUUCCAGUAACAGAAAAUUUAACUCUAGAUUUGGGUGACCAAUUGAAAAGUGGCAUGGUUAACGAAGCUGCUGGAGAGUAUUCGUUAGAUUUUAGAGAUGAUAAUGAUGAGUGGCAGUUCCCUCAAACACCUCAACCUAAUGUAGUGGGCCUUGAUGAUUGUGAUGGGAUAUUUCCUUGGAAUCAGAUCGAUAAUAGUUUUUAUUCAACUUGGGUGCUGAAUGAGGCCACAGGUGAACUAAAUAUGGUUAGUUUCUUCAGUAUACAAUCUGUGAGAAAUCCAACAGAGCUAAAAAUGGAUGAAAGUUCAGAGGCCCCAACUGCUAUGGAGGAUGAUGACACAGCUUUGUUUCUGAAUGAAGGCACGGGAGACUUAUCCACUAUAUACUUCAAUCCUAGCGGGCCGGAUUCAAACAAUCGCCCUAUUGAGAAAACUAGUCAAGACAAUAUAGAAACUCUCUCAGAUGUUUCUGAUGAUGAUAGUGAUUUUCUUAACGAGGAGUUCAUGAAAGCAUCAGCAGAUUUUAUGUCCAACGAGGAAAAUAACAAGUUUUUGAAUGAACUUACAGGAGAGUUUGAUAUUGCGGGUUUGAAUACUUAUCAGCCUGAGGUACUUGGCUGUCCUUUUCCUAACGAAUCAUAUUUGAAUGAGGAAACUGGCGAAAUAUGGAAUGUUGUGGAUGGCAAUGUGAACAAUGAUCUUCUCAUGAAAUCUAAUGGGCUAGAUUAUGAUUUAGACGAUUCUUUGAACUGUGAAGAAUUUGAGCCCAUCUUUAAUGAUGUGAAUAGCUUUUCAUCUCAGUUUUGUUUGGAUGAAGGUUCAAAUAACUGGCAGACUUCUGAUGAAACUAAUGACACUUUGGUAUUGAACGAGUGUACUGGCGAGCUAGUGAAGAAAACCUGAAAAACAAAGGAACAACUUCAAUGAGAUACAAAAAAGUACCUGAUCCAAUAAACCUCUGAAAAUCCUUGAAGAAUUAGGUUCAAAAUAAUAACAAUCAUUAUUGGAAGUGGAUCUUUUCUAAUUUCAGUUAUAAGCACUGAAUGUGAAUAUCUCCAGAUUUAACACCUUGCU